CAUACCAUUGCCUUCGCCUUUGGUGAGCUCUACUACAUCCUUGCAGACGUAUCCUUCAUACCUUUGCAUACGCUGAGAACACUCGAUAUCCCCCAGAAGAGAGGCCAGCCAUCAAGAUGGACUUCCUCGACCUUCCCACUCACCAGCUGAUCCUCAACGAUCUGGCUGCCAAUCUAUCCGACUCCAUCCGCGCAGGAGACCAAGGCGUCACCGGCGAUGACUUCAAGACCUUCCUAGAUGAGCACGCCGCCGCCUUGCAGCCCUCGUCUUCCAAGAAGAACAAUCCCGAAUGGCUGUCUACCUCGGCUGCCCAUGCCCAGAUCAGUCUGGCCAGGUUUGCCUCCUCCAUCGCAGCCGCUUCGAGGUCAACCCCUCGUACCAUCGAUGAGACCAAUGAUACUCAUCUGCGAUCUGUUCUCAAUGAGCUCAUCAGGAACACCAUUCUCCUCAGCACUGCUGAGAUUGAGGAGAGUAUGGCUACCUGGGAUGAGUGGCCACUGGCAGACGAGCUGGCCUUCUCCUUUUGCAAGAGCCUCCUCUACAUUGCCUCAAAGGCGCCUCAGCACCGCGCUCGUUGUGUAGAUGGUGUGGUCACCCUCGCCCGCAACCUUGCGUUGGGGCUGGGCGCAACUACGGGAGACGCACAUGUGGUUGCUACUCGCCUCGUACCCAUGCUCCAUGGUCUGUACCGAGCUCUCUCCUCCAACAUCUUCAACUGGGAGCUCAUCGAGUUUGCCCGACUGGUCACUGCCGUCACUCCCAUCACGGGCACGGCUCAGACUGUUCAGCGUCUGAACCACGUGCUCCUCGUUCUGCCUGAGCAGCAGGCCGCCAGAGCACAGGGAGGCAGAGCUACUCGCAGGAAGCAGAAGAAUGCUACCAUCCGACGUCGCGAUCCUGAUGAUACUGAGCCCGGAGAGGCCGACACCCGCUCGCAGGGCAGCAUCGAGACUUUCUUCUCAGGAGAUGAUGAAGACGACACUGAGAUCUUGCCUGAUGAGGCUCUCCUCGAUGGUGGCUUUACCUACAGUCAGGGGCAGGACCUCAUGGACGAUCCUGCUUUUGCCUACCGCUUCGCCCUGCUCUCCAUGUACCGUCGAGCGGAACGACCGCUCUCUGGUCACUUUGUCUUGUGCAGUGCCCUCGAGAUCUUGAGCUCUGUCUUGGCCCAGGCCUUGGCCUCACACGCCAAGCCUCGUAUCAAGAGCUUUGCUGACUACCAGAAGAUGGGACUUCGACAGGACGAAUUGGACCCAGCGAGAGCACCUCGUCCAGACAGGUUCGAUGUCGACGUCAAGCAGCACCAUGAUGGCCAUGACCCUGCCGUGGGACAGGAGGGUAUGGCUACAACCAAGGCCUGGGCUGGUCUGCACCGAUAUGCCGUCGAUUUAGGCGACGAUGUCAAAGCUCCUACUACCAAUGGUACCAACGGUACCAACGGUGGGGGCGUUCUAGCAUCACUACCGCUCAUAGGUUCGAAUGGAUCCGCUGCAUUCGGCAAUGGUCACCCAGAAAGUCUCACGGAUCCUGAACAUGGCGCAUCAUCGGCGCUCCAUCUGGCUAGCCGUGCUUACCAUGACAUUCAGCGCUUCAUUGAGAGCGAGGGUACCAAGCACAGUCAGCUCUUCUCGGACGUCUAUGCUCUCGAGAUCUUGAGCGAGGCACUGAAGCUCGGCGCUCUCGCUUCCGUUGCAGUUUCCAAGCUCAGCGACAUCCCGCUCGAUGCUCACACUGUCGUACGUGUUCGAGCGCUCCUGAGUGAGUCUGCCGUCAUCAUCGACCCGCUUCUUCAGGGAGCAGCUCUGCAGAGUGCUAGCAUCCUGGUCCGCAACUUCCCCUCGCUUGUCGGAUCUCUCACUACUCAGCUGCGUCGCUUCGCUGCGUCACCUCAGCCCAUGUUCCUGACUCCGAACGGAGACACCACGCCUGUUCUAGAGUCGGCUGCCAAGUGUCUGGCUACUUGCGUCACCAUCGUUCCCGGGGAUGACCUGGCAGUCUCGACUAUGUACGCUCUUCUCAACCACCUCGGCCGAGACACUGGAGGGGGUGCGGCAGGCGCCGCUGGCAACGCUGGCGGCGCAAUGUCCGUACGUAGCGGGCUGUCCAAAGCAGUCACCGGUAGGGACUUCUCUCUCGGUCAUUCCCAGACGCAGGCUCUCUUCGCCAGCCGCACCGAGGAAGAGAAGCAGAUCAUCAACCUCAGCAUUAUUGCCAUGGUAUCUCGACUGGCGCUCGAGAUUGGCCGACCAGAAUUGACAGGUCUUGCUACGUCGAUGCUGCUCCAACGAUUGAGGAGUGCCGACGACGAGAGCGAAGCUGCCAUUCUCUGGAACAUUGUUCCUCUGGCUCUCGCUGGGCCCAAGUCCUCCUUCGUAGAUGUCAUUCGAGCUUUGACGUCGGUCUCGCGAAGCGCCAUCAGUGGUGGUGCCAACCGUCGUACUGGUGCCGCCAUUCAGGCUGCGCAGUUCAAGCUUGCUCAAGGCUUGGGUGCUCUCAAGGAAGACGAGGAUCGCUCCACGCAGAGUAAGAGUCAGGAGGGCAGCGAAGAAGAUGAAGAUCGCUUUGCCACUUCUGGCAGGAAGCAGCUUUACCUCAUCGAGCUCCUGCAGCUCUUUACCGAAAAGGGUCUGGCAUUCCAGGGCUCGAAGGGAGGCAGCCGAUCGGAGCAGUCCGAGGUCAGUGCUGAUCUGGCUGGCCUACUGCCUGCCAUCGCCGCUGUCCUCUCUCACAACGACAUCAACCCUCAGCUCAACCCGACGCUUGAGGAGGUGUCUCUGUUCCGUAACAUGUGGUUCCUGUCCGUCAUCUUCGGCUUUGCCGAUGCUGCACCAGAGUCCUCCAUCGCAGACUCGCUCGCUACCAUCUCGAUGAAGACACCAACUCUGGUGCCCGAGACGGCAGUCAACUACCUCGAGUCGGACCUGCAGUACAACUCGGUACUUCGGGCAGAUUUCCCCUCGGCGACGAUUGACAAGCAGCGCAAGACACUGCAGAAUCUCAUUCCAAGCCACAGCAGUGAGCUGCGCUCUCUCGGUCUACCUCAGCUAAUCUUCUUAGCGACCAUCUAUCACCUCGAGUGCACGCGAAGCGCUAUGGGUCGGCCUUCGAUGAUCCUGUGGUACUUUGUUAACCAAGGAUUGAACACGAGUUCGCUGCUGGGCUCGAUGAAGGCCAUUGCUGACGAGGUCACCACCUCGUUCAUUAGCGACCUUUCGCCUCAGGUUCGUGCUCACUCUGUGGACCCACGAGUCUCGAUGGAGAUUCAGAAUCUCCUCCUCGGCUCCUGUCACAGGGUGGAGCAGGUUCGACUUGUGUCUCGCAAGAUCCUGGAUCGCCUCUUUGCCGCUUUCCCUUCACUGGUGUGCGACCAGGAUGUCGUCUGCACUCUCCUUGAGAUGUUGACUCUCUUACGACGAGGUUGCGAGGGGCAAUACCGCGAUGAGUUUGCGCCGGUAUAUCAAUUUCACUCGAAGAGGGCCAAUGUAUCUUUUGAGCUCUCUGACUCGUACAGUCAGCGCGAGGAGAUCCUCUCGGAGUUCCUGAAACGCACUAGGGCUUUCCUGUCGAUGGCUCUCGCUAGAGCACCCGUCGAGCUUCAGUCCAUUCUGCAGCGAUACCUAGGGUCCUUCGACGACGAAACUCUGCCUGGCACCUCGGACAUGGGCAAGAGCAUUGCCAUCGACUAUGCCCGAGCGGUAAGCAGUGGUGCUCAUGACUCGCACUUGCCUUCCCUCGGAGGCUGGAGAGUGGAUGCGAGCAGCGCUUUCGUCGGCGAGCUGAGCUCGAAGAGCACCUACCUGGGAGAGAUGACAGGCAUCCAUCUGGCCUUGAGCGAGACCAUGGUUCAGCUCAAGAAAGACCCAGAGUAUCAGUUCGCGCCAUCCAAUGUCGCCUCGUACAAGCAGCAAUUGGCGGAAGUGUCUGGCAACUUUGCUGCAGGCCAUCGUCACCUGCCGUUCGGCGAGCUGCGAAGGUUGCUCUACCGAUCUGCCGCCGUGGCUGUCGCUCUCCCUGAGCCAGACCAUGAGCUGCUUCACCAUCUCGUGGCCAUCCCCAUUCGAAUCUUCACUCCUCAGGCAAUCCAGGUCGCCAGCCACGUCUGGUCUUGGAUCAUCGGCGAGCGCCCUGAGCUCGAGACGAAGGUCAUGGUAGAGAUCGCUCUGGGCUGGAAUGACACUGUGCGACUGCACAAGGGUAUCUUCCAGACCAGCGCAUUGACUGGUGGACAUGCACUGCUCCGCAAGACCGAGAUGUCCGCCUUUGAUCGAGAAGAGAUCGUCAGAGAGAGGGAGAAGGCCAAGAGGCUCUUCAGCCCUCAUCUCACCCUGCUGCAGCUCAUCUCGAGUCGCUUCCAGGCUUUCCGAUACCGCAAUCCGACAAUGGUUUAUGCACUGAUCCAGAUGCUCCAGACGUCUUGUACUGCCGUCCACGAAGGCAGGAUGACGACACACCCUCUUUCGAGGCAAGUCAGAUUCACCCUGCUUCUCUUUGGACUACGAGUUGUACAGAGCUCGCGAUUGGACAUGCUUGUGGAGCAUCAGCUGAGGAGGGCCCUGUACGAUGUCGCUUUCGAGUGGUUCAGCACUAUCCCGCAGUUCACAUAUGGCGCCAGUCGCAUCGAAGCUGCCGCCGAGAUGCAGGUAAUGAAAGAGCUACUGGAAGCAGUCAAGGUCGAUGCUGCCAGGGCUAGCGCCGUCGUUACCUCCUUCACUGGCCCCAAUGCUCUCGACCAGGUCAGGUUGCCGAACCAAACGACACUUGCUGCAGGCGCUCGUGAAGUCGUCGAUCGCAGAACACUCUUGCAGCUGUUGAUCGAGGAUGAGGUCCGAAGAAUCUCGGUCUGGGUCAACCCGCUGGGCGAAGCAGGCCGCGGUACCGACUUUGCAGGCGAAAUGGCCAGAAGCAUGACCGAAGCCAAGUGGGAAGCAGUGGCCUACACGGCCUGGAAGAUCAGCCCGACCGUGCUUGCCCAGUUGCCCGUCAGGUACAAGUCGGCAGCUUUGAAAAGAGAGGCGGGCAAACUGAUCAGAAGCGAGCCAUGGCGCGUGUUCAAGAGUGGAUAUGCCCUUGACCUGCUGCUGGAGGACCACCUGAAGAUGGCCCUGAGGGAAGGAAGUGACCUCAAGUGGCUCCUCUACUGGGGCCCAGUCUCGCCGAUUGAAGCAAUUUGGCUCUUCCAGCCAGUCUUUGGCAACAAUGGAGUCCUGCUGCAGUAUGCCAUGAGGACGCUCGAGCACCACCCCGUCGAUCUCACCUUCUUCUACGUCCCCCAGGUUGUGCAGGCUUUGCGAGAUGACAAGUUCGGCUAUGUGGAGCAGUUCAUCUUCGAGACGUCAAAAGUGUCGCAGCUGUUCUGUCAUCAGAUUCUGUGGAACAUGAAGGCCAACUCGUACCAGGACGAUGAUGGAGAGGUGCCUGAUCCGAUGAAGCCCACACUGGACCGCAUGACCGACCUGAUCGUCGAGGCACUGAGCGGUGAAGCGCAAGACUUCUAUGACCGAGAGUUUGGCUUCUUCAACGAGGUCACCUCGAUCUCUGGCAAGCUCAAGCCCUUCAUCAAGAAGAGCAAGCCGGAGAAGAAGGCGAAGAUCGAUGAGGAGAUGGACAAGAUCAAGGUCGACCCUGGAGUCUACCUGCCGUCGAACCCUGAUGGUGUGGUUGUGGACCUGGACCGAAGAAGUGGAAGGCCUCUGCAGUCUCACGCUAAAGCACCCUUCAUGGCCACCUUCAAGGUACACCGAGAUAUUCCCGCUGGCGGCAAGGGUGAGGAUGAGGCAGAUGAGGGAGACGACAAGGGCACCGUCGGCGUCGAUGUUUGGCAGUCUGCCAUCUUCAAGGUCGGAGACGACUGUCGUCAAGACGUGCUCGCGCUGCAGUGCAUUGCCUUGUUCAAGGUCAUCUACACUGCCAUUGGUCUAGACGCCUACCUCUACCCAUACCGAGUCACCGCCACUGGUCCUGGAUGCGGUGUCAUCGAUGUAGUGCCCAAUGCCACCUCCCGAGAUGAAAUGGGAAGGAGCAAGAUCAACUCUCUCCUCGACUUCUUCGUCGGUAAAUUCGGCAAUGUGGACUCGGUCAGUUUCCAAAAAGCCCGCAUGAACUUUAUCCAGUCCAUGGCAGCGUACAGUGUGGCAUGUCACUUGCUGCAGUGCCGUGAUCGUCACAAUGGUAACAUUAUGAUCAACGAUACGGGUCACUUGGUGCACAUCGACUUUGGAUUCCUCUUCGAUAUUGGACCUGGUGGAAUGCACUUUGAGCCUUACUCCUUUAAGCUUACAGAGGAGUUCCUCGAUGUCAUGGGUGGAGUCGACUCACAGGGCUUCAAGAUGUUCAGCGAGUUGUGCGUCAAGGCCUUUUUGGCUGCGAGACCUUACGCAAGGCAGAUUGUACAGGUGUGCAGCUUGAUGAUGAACACUGGUCUGCCCAGUUUCAAGGGACAACCAACGAUGGAUCGAUUCCAAGGACGAUUCAUGCUGGAUCUGGAUGAGAGGCAGGCAGCAAAGCAUAUGAUGGCACUCAUCAAGGACGGUAUGAAGAACAUCCGCAGUCUCCUCUACGAUGAGCUUCAACUGAGGACAAACGCCAUUCCCUACCACAAGUAGUCGUACUUGUCGUCGCUACCUUGUUUUUGCUCGAUUUCUGUACUUCGCAUCUCACCGUCGCUGUUUGCUCCACUUUUUUCUUUUCCAAAUUCAACUUUCGACUCCUUUUGCUGCUCCG